AAAUGCACAGUUAAAUUUGUUAUCUGGAUUGUUCUGGGUGCGUAGUUAGUCACUUAUGAUUUGACAGAGACUUUGGUAGGUUUCAAAGCCACAUGAUAUUUAUAAGUCUUUUAAGAUCGGCACAAAAGAGUUCUAUUAAAAUGGAAACAACGUCAAGAUCCGUGCACUACGAAGAAUGGAAGAGAAGGGCAUUUCUGGGUCCUCUUCCACGGGGUUUCCUGAGAGUAGAAGAUGAAAGUAACCCACAGCAGCAGCAAGAAGCUGCUGAUCAACAAGCUGCUCUUGCUUUACAACAAUUACAAAUGCAGAGUAUGCCAAUGCCUGAUACCCGAGUUGGUCGUUUAAGUAUAACUAUCAGCCAGGCAAAGCUUGUCAAGAAUUAUGGAAUGACCAGAAUGGACCCAUAUGUUCGAUUGAGAGUAGGUCAUGCAGUAUAUGAGACUCAUACUGAUACAAAUGGUGGAAAAAAUCCACAUUGGAACAAGGUGGUUGAGUGUGCAUUGCCUGCUGGUGUUACACAAAUUUAUGUGGAGAUUUAUGACGAAUGUUCAUUUACAAUGGAUGAACUAAUUGCUUGGGGACAUGUUGAAAUACCUGCAAAUGUUAUUCAACGUGGAGAAACUCAUGAAGGAUGGUACAGGCUUAGUGGAAAACAAGGGGAUGAGCAAGAAGGAAUGAUUAAUUUGGUCCUUAGUUAUUCUGCAAAUACAUAUGCUAGAGCGGCGCCCAUAAUGAUGGUUCCCUCUUCGACUAUGUUUGGAAUGACACCCUAUGCACCAGUUAACGUUUAUACCGCGCCGCCACAGGUGGUUCCCGCACCGCCGGUGAUUUCAAGCUCUUUGCCGAAUGCUGAGAUCGAGUUGAAACAGAUCGGAGAGAUGUUUCCAAAUGUGGACAAGGAGGUAAUAAAAUCUGUUUAUGAUGCAAAUAGCGGAAAAAAGGAUAUUACUAUAAAUUCGCUUCUGCAAAUGUGCGAAUAAUUCCGCGAAAUAAUUCCUGACCAAAGUAUUAUAUGUGCAUAUAUACAAGACUAUCGAGCUCAUCAAUUAAAUUUAACAGCUAUGAUUAAAUCCAGUGACAGUAUGAGGACCGUUAAAUGUUGUUGGUGUAUUUGAAAUUAGCAGCUCGAUAUGCCUAUAGAAAUAUAUAUAUAUACACACACACAUAUCUAUACUUUGAAAUGCCAUAUAUGUAUUUUCUGCUAACUUGUAUUUCAUUCAGAAUGUAAUAUAUUUGUAAAUUAUUACGAUUGCUA